AAAGAAAGAGAGAGGGAAAGAAAGAGAUAGGAAGGAAUCAGCCGAUAAAAGAGGCAUCCAAAUACAUAUAUGCAUAUGUGAAUAAAUGUACAGUGACAAUUGUGCAUAUUAACGCAACCAGUGCAGACUUAUAGACAACAGCGGUUCUGCCCAGAUCAGACUUCGAAAUCCUUGGCAGCUUUAUGAUCAGAAUAAAUGAACACUUUAUCCACAGGAAUUCCUCGAAGUUAAUAACACAGUCUAAAAGAAAAUUCGAAGGAGCAAAUUUCAUCUGGAGGUUAUGUUCGUAUAUCUUCAUGUCCGAGGACUAUAAAGUACAAUGGAAGGAACAGAUAUGUUAAGGCUGCAUAUGAUUGAGAAAUGUACCGGUGCUCAAAAGAGGAAACAGAUGUCUCGUCGUUAUCAGCCUAGACCAAAGCAAGUGUUUGAUGAUGAAGAGGAUGUUGCUCCUCUUAACCUUUCUCUUAAUGACUCAAAUUCCUAUUCAUCAUCCAUUGAUGAAAGAAGAGAGAAAAAUGGAAACUUGCAAUCUUCCAUGUCAUCAUUAACAAAAGUGCAGUCUGCUCCAAACCCUGGUGGGAUUCCAAACAGUGAUUCACUUGGAUAUGUGAAAUCAGAAUUGGAUACAUUAAAACCUUGGAAUGAAAAUGGCUGUGAUAUUACAAGAAGGAGUUCUCCUUCUAGUGAGUAUCCAAGGAAUUCUAUAACACAACUUAUCCAAUCAAAGGACUCACCCAAGGAAAUACCAAAGUACAGAAAGCCUCACAAACAUACAAUUGAAUCUUUGCUUGAAAAUGAAAAACCAACUCAAAAACCUGAUAAUUUUUCAUCUAAUCAAGAAGUUCCAAAGCAGUUUGAUAGUUAUGCUGUUAAUACAGACCAUAACAAAAAACUGACAGUAAUUCUCCAAAAGAUUACCUCACGAGACGACUGUAAAAGCCAAACAAAACAGCCUGAGUCUAAUGUGAUGCCAGUAAACAUUUCAAUGUCUGCUACAGAUCCUACUGGUGAAACAAAAAAUGCUCGAUAUGAAACUCGUCAUAAUCGUAAAACAAUUCAUCCUAUUUUAUAUUUUAGUGAUUCUGAUGAUGAUGAAUUUCCUCCAGUUUGGAAUUCAAGGCGAGGUAAGAAACGUAAAAAGCGAAGUCCUAAAUCCACGUUGAUAAAGAAAAGACUAAAUAACUCAAAGCCAGUCAUACCUAAGAAAAUAUUGCCUAAACCAUUAGUUGCAUCAAGGAAGAAACCCAAGAAAAAAUCUUUAUUUAGGAUCCGACCUCGUAUUUAUCUUCCAAAAUCUAUCAAAGCUCAUUGUGAGAUUUGUGAUAAACCUUUCCGAACACUAAGCACCAUGAAGAAACAUUUACUUCUUAAACACAAUAAAUCAUCGUUUUCACAUUUGACAUUUAGCAAAUGGAUACGUUCUCAUUAUAGCUACUUGAGAAGUUUUUACAGAAUGAUAGCAGUUUAUAAUCUGCCAAAUUUAAAAAAACAGUAUACAUGUUUGAGGUGCCAAAGAAUAUUUAAGCAUUAUAGUACCCUUCGUCUCCAUUGUAAAAUGAAUCACUGGAAAGGUUGUCAUGUGCCACUUUCAAAGUUCUUUUUCAAGGAUGGCAAAUUAGUAAAAAGCAAGAUUUCAAUACCAUCCUGGAAGACCAAAAAGAAGAAAGAGCUUAAGAAACGUGGUCGAAAACCGAAGCCACUUUAUCUGAAAGGUUAUAAGAAACGAGAGUUCCGCUGUCCAAUUUGCCUCAAGUACAUUGCUUCCAACAGAACCCUAGUGGUACAUUUGCUACGAGUCCACUCCUUAAAGGAAAAUGAGAUUUCAUGUAGUGUCCUGCAAAAUUUGCGAUGUGUAGAAACUGAUUGCAGCUAUGAAGGGAAAUCACUCAAGUCUCUUUCUGAUCAUGCGCGACAGGAACAUCCAAGUGUACGACAUUUUUGCCCAUACUGUAAUCGUGGCUUCUACUUGGAAUUUCUGCGAGACAAGCAUGUGCUCAUGAAGCAUAAGUACCGUGAGCAACUGUUGAAGUUUGCUUGUAACCACUGUGGCAAGCGAUAUCUACGGAGAUGCCAUCUGCGAAUGCACCAAUAUUCAAAACACUCAAUACCACAUAAUGUCCAAAUAUUCCGCUGUGAGGAAGAGGGAUGUCGUUAUACUUGUAUCCGUCGUAUGAGUCUGAUUCAGCACAAGUCCAAGCAUGUCAAGGAAAAGCAAUAUUCCUGUGAGUACUGUGGAAAAAGGAUGAAAACAGCAGUAACCUUACGGAAACAUGUCAGUAAAAUUCACUUGAAUAUCCGUCCGUAUUUGUGUCAAAUGUGCGCUCAAGCAUUUGGUGAGGAUAGUGAGCUCCAAUCUCAUAUCAAACAAAGACAUACUUCUCAUGAUGAAAAAGAUUUCUUUUGUCAGUUUUGUCCUUACGCUACUUCCAAUAAGUACUCAUAUCAGACGCACAUGUACAGAGUGCAUAAAACACGAGCCCCUGGGGAUAAUCGAGAGGAGUUCAAGUGUCCACAUUGUGAUUUUGUGACUAUUUUUGGGCAUCGUUACCGCAUCCACAUGAAUAGUCACAAUAACAUUCGCCAGUAUGUUUGUGAAUUUUGCAGCAAGGCUUUUGUGUCAUCAAACAGUCUUCGUCGGCACAAACUCUGGUUGCAUUCCUCAGAGAGUUUGUCCUGUCCAUUUUGCACAUAUGAAACAAAAACAAAGCAAAGCUUAAGUGUUCACGUGCGUACCCAGCACACAAUGAAAGGUGUGAAGCCAUACAUGUGUCGCUAUUGCGACUUCCGGUCAGCUACUGGUGGGAAUUGCCGUAAACACAUCAUGAAUAAACAUAAAGGGCUUGAAGUUGAGUAUGUUAAAGACACUACUCUAUUAGAAGCAGCUAAAGCUAGCCUUGAUUCCAUGGCCACUCAGUUCACUUCCAUGUUCAUGAUGGAUCAUCCUGAAGAUAGGUCAGUCAAUUUCAUUCAACAAAGAGAUAUUUCAUCCAUAAAUUAAAAGGAAAGAAGAUUUUAAAAUUGUAGCAGAGUUGUAAGGUUUAUCAUGUUUGGCCUUUUGGUUUUCACAGAGCAAGUUAACUUGAUAUGUUUGCUGAUCACUGUUGUUUUGUAAAUAAGAAUAGCAUUCAGUAUAAAAAUAACAACACCAAAAUUGGAACUUGUCAUUGGCAAUUUUUUGUUUUUUUUUUCAUAAUUAAGUAUGCGUUUGUCUUAGUUUUAGCAUAUAAAGAUAAUUUUUUUAUUGAUUUUAAUUCCAUCAAAUGUUACAAAAGGUUACACAAAUAUAUCAUGUUAUGUCUACUACUAAGUAUAUUAUGUAUUGAUAUUUGUAGAUGUAUUGAAGAAUAUAUAUUUGUACUUUUACAUUAUUGUCUCAACUUUUUGUUGGUAGUUUUGUGAAGAAAUUGCCUUUUGAUCUCAUUUAUUUUUGUUUUGUUGUUGCUCUGGAUGGUUAUGGGAAAAUAUAUAAAUACUUUUUAAAUCUUAGGCAACUAUAUAUCAUAU